AUGGCGCCGACAAGCAAUCCAGGCUCAUCCGAGCCGUAUAAACUGGAUGAGGAUGCUGCCACAUCACCGCCACUCUCCUCAUACGAUCCAGUAGAGCUCCACACUGUUCCCCAACAUCCUCACACCAAGGACAAGACGGCGAGCAGCACAACAAACUAUCAGCCUCGACAUCAACUUUCUUCCGUCCCUCAUCCAACGAUCACUUCUUCGACACGGCAGAACAGCAAGAACGAAUCUGACAGAGCAGGUGCGGCUGUCGAUGGGCAAACCAAGAGAAAGUCGAUCGGAUCCAAAGUACUCUCCAAGUUCAAACGCACCACCAACGAAACAGUCGAUCCUGCACAUGGUUCUCGCUCUCAUCACACCAGCGGGUCGCAAACCCCUGAACAUCCGUCCCAUCUCGACCACAGUGAUGCAGAGGUCAAAGCACAUCAGCUUCAACAGGCCUUGUCCAAAGAGCAGCAGAGGCGUGCCAAUGCUAGGUCGCCGUCGUCAGGGAGUGUUGACGGGCUUCGCCAUAGGGUACUCUUUCGCAAAAGAUCCAAACGGUCUCACCAUGACUCGGACGUCGAAGAGGAACACGAUCAAGAGCACACACAUUAUAUCUCGGAGGAUCCUGCUGAGCUCGACAGGUUUCAGAGCGACGUUUCCCGCCACUUCCCAGGCGGUCUAUACGAUGCCGACGACAUAACGACAGACGCACGGCUACUUCGCGACCAGAACGUCAAACGUGCCGCGACAGCACCGCAACACGGCCGUGAUUUCCUCGCAUCAGAUUCACACGGUCUCGACGAUGUGCUCGACGACGGCGAGAAACACGCCUAUGACUCGGACGACUCGGACGACACCAUUGCGCAUCUUCUGCGCGAGGCUGACGGCUACGACAGCCUGCGUUACAAUGGCAAUGGCGACUUGUCUGGCGGUAUCGAUUUUGAUACCUUACAAGCUGUUCGCGAAAAGGAGCGUUCCAUAAGCGACAACAAGGAUGCGCAGAGCACCUUCAGCGCUUACUCGGGCGGCGCUGCCAAAGCGCUGAGCCAGCCCCUGCUCGAGCUCGAAGACAUUGAGCUCGAGACCUUCUUGCAAAAUUUUGCUCGUCACACCAGAGAAGUCACUGUCACAAGACCGGCAGGAAAGGAAAAGUACAGGAUGCCCCAAUGGUCCGACUUUCGCGUCUCACCAGCUGACGACGCCGCAAGCAACAAUCCAACCAGCAAGAGGCCUUCCAUGCUUACCAGAGUGGACCGCGGUCUUCACCAUCUGUCUAAAAACCUCGGGCAACAAUCGAACUCGGCGCAAGAUCGUAGUCGCACAGACAUUGUGCCCGCAUCCUCGUCCGGACUUGCUGACGACGAGCUUGCAGCGGGUUCGGCGUCUGACACCGACAAUCACGAUGCCAGCACAGCCACGCCGUCCAAAAAGAAGGGGAAAGGCAAGCUGCCCAAAGUGCACGCUACCACGCCUGGCAAACCGCCCACAGUCGAAGAUCAUAGGGGCGACGAAGACUGGGACCUCCUUGUGCCCUCGUCCAGCGGAGACGCUACCGACUACGAGACAGUGCCUUCGCACGACGAGCUUCGCGUCAAUGCAAAGGAUGAGGGUGUGGAUGGCGUAGCGUUCUGCAUCGCUUACAUCCUUGCAUUGGUGGAACGACUUGCACCUGAAGAGAUCGAACAUCAUCCGGACAGAGGCUAUCGCGAAGGUCUCAUACGCUCGCACGUCGAGCGUCUCUACACCAUCGCGCCUUUUUGGGAGCAGCUCGCGUUCCGAAUCCGCCGCCUGUAUCGCUGGGAAGAUCCCAAGACGACGGCAGCAGCGGCAAUGAUCUACUUCGUGCUGUGGUACACCAAUAUGAUCCCAACAGCUUUUAUCCUGAUGAUCAUGUUCUACAUCAUGAGGUUCAAGUACUUCCCCCCUUCGGAGAGCUACCUUCACGAAAAGGUCAAGAUGCGCAUGGCGCGAGGCAAGGCUGCCAACACGCUUUCCGAGAAGCUCCGUCGUCGCAGUCGACUCGACGUUCUCAACAUCUAUAAACGGUGGAUUGUCACAUUCGGUGCGCCUACGCAGGAGGCCAUGGGACUCGUCGCCGACUUUCACGAAAAGAUCAAGAACCUCAUCCUGUGGCGAAACCCGGCUGCGAGUCGACGUACGUUGAUCCUGUUUGGCGUGCUCAACCUGUUCGUGACGUUUGCACCUUCGCAGUAUGUUUCGAAGGCCAUCUUCUUCUUCCUGGGCAUCACAUUCUUCUGCCUACUGCCACUGCAGAGCUACUUUCCCUCACACCGCAAAGCGCUGUCGCCGCUGUGGUGGGCCACGUUCGGCGCCCCGACGGACGCACAGUUUGCAGUGCAGUUGCUGCGCAAACGCCACUUGGACGUCGAUCGCUUCGCUGGCCACUUGUCCACGGCCCAAGACAUCCGACGUGCCGUGGGCUCGCAAGGCAACCGAUCCAAGCGUCUCAAGCCUCGGCCGGACCGUCGCGAGGAAGGCAUCGCGUAUGACCAGAUCGACGACCCGUCUCGCGCCGGCACGGACUACGUCGAGAUGAGCAACGACGCAACGCUCAAGCCGCGCAAGCUAGGCAGCUUCUUCUGCCAGUAUAAAGGCCUGCCUGGGCGUUUGCACAUCAACACCAAGUAUCUCUACUUUACACCGCUGCACUCGCCUUCGCAGAAGCGAGGUCGCACGCCGAUUGAGUCGAUUGAGUCGAUCGUCAAGACCAAGAAUAUCCGGCUGAUGGUAUGGAGCUCGCUUGGCCUCAAGAUUGUGAGGAACAACGGGCAAGCGCCUCUGCUGCUCGCAAACCUGGCCAACAGAGAUGAGGCGUUCAAUUUGAUCUUGGCCGUUUCGACGAAUGCCGGCGCUAAAGCCUGUUAG